UGAAGAGUAAACUAACGAUACGAAAAAAAACAGAGUACUACUGCAAAACCUCGAAAGGCUUCUAGGUCAAUCCAGCCACUUUCACUCUCUCACACAAUCGCAGCAAAACCUCGAGAGCUUCCUUCACUUCGACUUUAGCUAAUCGUAAUCGGAGAAGAUGACAAUGUCGAUGCAGCCGUACGGAAUCCAAUCGAUGCUCAAGGAAGGCUACAGGCAUCUCUCGGGCCUAGACGAAGCCGUCAUCAAGAACAUCGAAGCUUGCAAGGAGCUCUCCACCAUCACCCGCACUUCCCUCGGCCCCAACGGGAUGAACAAAAUGGUUAUUAACCAUUUGGAUAAGCUCUUUGUUACCAACGACGCUGCGACGAUUGUGAAUGAGCUUGAGAUUCAGCAUCCUGCUGCGAAGAUUCUUGUGCUAGCUGCUAAGGCGCAGCAAGAGGAGAUUGGAGAUGGAGCUAAUCUGACGAUCUCCUUUGCUGGUGAGCUUUUGCAGAAUGCUGAGGAGCUUAUUAGGAUGGGGUUGCAUCCGAGUGAGAUCAUUUGUGGAUAUAACAAAGCAAUUAUUAAGGUUGUUGAAGUUCUUGAACAACUGGUUGAGAGUGGUUCUGAGACUAUGGAUGUGCGUAGCAAAGAUGAAGUCGUUUCGAGGAUGAGAGCUGCUGUUGCGAGCAAGCAGUUUGGUCAAGAAGAGAUUAUUUGUUCUUUAGUUGCUGAUGCAUGUAUUCAAGUCUGUCCAAAGAAUCCAACCAAUUUCAAUGUCGAUAAUGUUCGUGUUGCCAAGCUUCUUGGAGGAGGAUUGCACAACUCUUGCAUAGUACGUGGCAUGGUCUUGAAAAGUGAUGCUGUUGGGAGCAUAAAGAGGAUGGAGAAGGCUAAGGUUGCUGUGUUUGCUGGGGGAGUUGAUACCACUGCUACAGAGACGAAAGGAACUGUCUUGAUCCAUAGUGCUGAGCAGCUGGAGAACUAUGCAAAGACAGAGGAAGCUAAAGUUGAGGAGCUGAUUAAAGAUGUUGCUGAAUCAGGAGCUAAAGUUAUUGUCAGUGGGGGAUCAGUUGGAGAAAUGGCAUUGCAUUUCUGCGAGCGCUACAAGAUAAUGGUCUUGAAAAUCAGCUCAAAGUUUGAAUUGAGGCGUUUCUGUCGGGCUGCUGGGGCCGUCGCUCAUGUAAGUAAUUUUUAUUCGCUUUUUUUUCAUUAUCAUCUGAGGGUGUUUUCAUACUUAAUGAUUAUGGAACAGUUGAAAUUGAGCCGGCCAAGUCCUGACGAUCUUGGCUACGUUGAUUCCAUAUCAGUUGAGGAAAUUGGUGGUGUGACAGUCACUAUUGCAAGAAAUGAGCAAGGUGGUAACUCAAUCUCUACAGUGGUUUUGCGUGGAAGCACAGACAGCAUUUUGGACGACCUUGAAAGAGCUGUUGACGAUGGAGUUAAUACUUACAAGGCGAUGUGCAGAGACAGCCGUAUCGUUCCUGGGGCUGCAGCUACUGAAAUAGAACUGGCUCAGAGAUUGAAAGAAUAUGCCAAUGCCGAAACAGGGUUGGACAAAUAUGCCAUCUCCAAAUAUGCAGAGAGCUUCGAGUUUGUACCCAAAACCCUUGCCGACAACGCUGGCCUCAAUGCGAUGGAAAUCAUUGCUUCUCUGUACACUGGACACGGAUCAGGAAACACAAAGCUAGGCAUUGACUUGGAGGAAGGUGCUUGUAAAGAUGUCUCAGAGACAAAAGUGUGGGAUCUUUUUGCAACCAAGUUAUUUGCUCUUAAGUACGCUUCUGAUGCUGCAUGCACGGUGCUUCGCGUAGACCAGAUUAUAAUGGCGAAGCAAGCAGGUGGACCAAGGAGAGACGCUGCUGCAGCCGCUGGUGCUGGUGCAGAGGAAGACUAAGCUGUAGAGAACAAUACCUCGUAGUAAAAGUGUUCUUCUGUAUCCUUUGUUCUUUUUAAUUUUGGGAAGAUUUUUGGCAGUCUCAGUUUGAGCUUUGUGUACACAGACCAAUCAACUUAGGUUUUGUUCUUUUGGUUUAUGAUGUUCGGUUCGUCUCAACUUGAAA